GGCUAAACUCAACGUAGAGGGCGGUAAGAGUCAAUCUGCUUCCCAAGACCAAAGCGCCCCGCGAUUUUGCCGAUUUUGCGAUCUCACUGAAUUUCCUUGAACCGCGAUUCAAAAGACCCAAACACGACCUUUCAGAGGCGUUGAGGGGACGGACGAUGAUACGAGAUCAGUAGUAUCUUUACCCGGGAUUCUUCUGGCUCAUAAUCCGCCGUCUCGAAGACAGAGCGAUCAACAUGUUCAUCCUAACCAAGAUUGCGGAUCUGGUCGAAAUCGCACCAGAAGACUUCCGCAAGAAGAGCAAAGCCGCCAUUGAGGACAACAUCAAUGCAAAGUACGCCAACAAGGUCAUACAGAAGAUUGGACUUUGCAUCUGCUUGUACGAUCUGUUAUGGACCUCUGAGGGCCUCAUCGGUCAUGGCACAGGCCUCGUCAACGUCAAUGUGGAAUUCAGACUCAUCGUCUUCAGACCCUUCAAGGGCGAAGUCAUGAUUGGAAGAAUCAGGAGUUCGACGCCGGCCGGCAUCAACCUGAGAACCGACUUCUUUGAUGAUAUCUUCAUCCCCUUUGAUGAGCUUCCCGAGGGUGCCGAAUUUAACCACUCAGAACAGCUUUGGAUCUGGAACAUUGAGGACGACAGACUCUUCUACGAUAAUCACGAAAUGGUCAGGUUCCAGGUCAUCGAUGAAGAGUGGCACGAUCAGACGCCCGCAGGACCAAGCCAGGGCGAAGAGGCUGCUCCGCCAAAGCCGCCUUACAAGGUGAAGGGCACCAUGGCUAUGGAGGGUCUCGGCGUGUGCCUCUGGUGGGACGGACAGGGCGGCGAAUAGCCUUCAGAUGGCUCCUGGAAUCUCACAAGCGUUACUCAGACAUUGAAGGGCACCGAGGCGUACGGAUGGGCGCGAAUU